CAAACAGAAUAGCCCCGCUAUCUGUACUAAACCAGAGGUGCCCGGGGUCUAACGACAUUUUUAGGCUGUGUCAUCAUAAUUGUUUCUAUAUAUUUUUAGAAACAGGACUAAGUUUUAAAAUUUGGUCCGGUGGUCUUAACAACUCUAAAUUACAAGAAUGGAGGCUUCCGUAUCGCUAGAUCUACCGACCCGAAUCUUACAGGCUCGACAACGGAUAGAACCGUACGUACGGAGGACACACUUGGAGUACUCUCCCGGUCUGAGUAAACUGGCUGAUGGGUGUGAAGUUUAUAUCAAACUAGAGAGCGAACAAAUAACAGGGUCAUUCAAAGCGAGAGGGGCCUUCAAUAAAAUGUUGAUGUUAGCUGAAAGGGGUCCGGAGUUUAAAGAGAAGGGCGUUAUAACCGCGUCUUCUGGUAACCAUGGACUCGGCUGUUUGGCAGCUUGCAAAAGGACAGGGAUACCACUCACAGUAUACUGCCAAAAACAUGUAGACGCGGGCAAAAGGAACUCUCUAGAGGAACAAGGUGCGACCGUCGUUUUAUACGGGGAGGACUGUGUGGAUGCUGAAUUGGAGGCGAGGAGGACAGCCAAUCUCUCUGGCGUGGAGUACAUUUCCCCCUACAAUGAUUACGAUAUUAUUGCUGGACAGGGAACAAUCAGCGUUGAGAUUUUAGAACAACUACCGGAAGUUGAUGCUAUAUUAGUGUCGGUCGGAGGAGGUGGUUUAAUAGGUGGAAUAGCGAGAUAUGCCAAACAAGUGAAGCCUUCUAUCAAGAUAAUUGGCUGCUCACCAGAGAAAUCCAAAGUUAUGCACGCUAGCGUGAUAGCCAAGAAAUUGAUAUACGAAGAAUCUUUUGAUACUUUGUCGGACGGAACGGCAGGCUCCAUAGAGGAAAAUUCGGUGACGUUCGAGAUCUGCCGUGAUUACGUGGAUGAAUGGAUGCUGGUUACAGAGGAACAGAUAGGAAAGGCGGUUGUCUUCAUGGCACAGACCCACCACAAGAUUGUUGAGGGGUCGGCCGGCGUAUCCCUUGGAGCGUAUAUGUUCAAUGCGGCUAGGUUUAAAGGGCAGAAGGUAGCGAUCGUUUCCUGUGGGUCAAAUAUCAGCGUGAGGAGUCUUCAGGACCUACUAAAUAAAUACGUAAAGUGAGCAUUAGCUUUUUAACAUA